AUGGAAUCAAGGAGCAAUGUGACUUACUUUGUCCUCCUGGGCCUCACACAGAAUCCAAAGGAGCAGAAGGUUCUUUUUGUUGUGUUCUUGCUCUUCUACAUUUUGACCAUGGUGGGCAAUGUGCUCAUUGUGGUGACUAUCACUUUCAGUAAGACUCUGGUCACACCGAUGUACUUUUUCCUUGCUACCUUAUCAUUUAUGGAUGCCACUUUUUCCUCUGUCAUUACUCCUAGGUUGAUUACAGAUUUGUUCUUUGGCAUAAACACCAUAUCCUUCCAAUCCUGUAUGAUCCAACUCUUUACAGAACAUUUUUUUGGUGGCUCAGAGAUCUUUCUUCUGUUGGCCAUGGCCUUUGACCGCUACGUGGCCAUCUGCAAACCCUUGCAUUACUUGGUUAUCAUGAGGCAAAGUGUGUGUGUGGUACUGCUGAUAGUUUCCUGGGUGGGAGGGUUUCUGCACUCGGUAGUUCAACUGAGCACUGUUUAUGGACUCCCAUUCUGUGGCCCCAAUGUCAUUGAUCACUUUAUCUGUGACAUGUACCCCUUAUUGAAACUCGUCUGCACCGACACCUAUGUCAUUGGCAUCUUAGUGGUGGCCAAUGGGGGACUGAUCUGCACUGUUGUGUUUCUGCUCUUGCUCAUCUCUUAUGUUGUCAUUUUACACUCCCUCAAGAACCUGAGUCAGGAAGGCAGGCGGAAAGCCCUCCAGACGUGCGGUUCCCACAUCACUGUGGUUGUCUUCUUCUUUGUCCCCUGCAUUUUCAUGUAUGCCAGACCUCUGAAGACUUUCCCCAUUGAUAAAUCAUUGAGUUUGUUCUAUACAGUGAUAACUCCCAUGCUGAACCCACUAAUCUACACUCUGAGAAAUUCAGAGAUGACAAAUGCGAUGAAGAAGCUCUGGAGAGGAAAAGCUGUAUCUGGUAAUCACUAA